CGUGGUUAUGAUAAGGUAUUUAGCCGCUAGCGCGACUUUCCAAAGCUGGCGGGCCUCGGCUUCGCAGAGCUGGGUGGGUUGGUCAGGAACCUCCAGCCCGCAGGGGGAGGGAGGGAGGAGGUGGUAACCAGGUCUCUCCAGCAUAUUCAUAUUCCGGUGUCAGAUUCUGAGCUCGAGAGAAUUAUCUGUCCUCUUUUAAUUUCUCCGGUUGUAGACCUCGAGUAUUGUUCCGUGUAGUUUUCUCUGGGUUCGCUUUACCGUCCUUGUUUCUUGUUCUCUCCACGAUUGAAGUUCCGGGGUAAAUAUAUAUAUUUAUAUAUAACUAACUAUAGUAUCCUCUCCAACAAUUUGCACCGGGCCAUUUUUGAGGUAUCGACGCAUAUCAACAGGGACACGAAUCCAUAUAAAUCGGAAAGGUGGGACGAACCCAGCUCUUCGAAAUACAAUGGCACCUCCAGCAACCAUCUGGCCACCCCCAUCCCUCAAGAAGCGUGUUAAAAAAUCCCCCAAACCCAAGCCUCCCAGCUCACCAACAUGCCCCUUCUGCGCUAUAGCAGCCGCUCAUCCCCCUUCUCCACCCUCCCGUCGGGAUGUACCGAUCAAUCCACCUGCGACUAAGAGAGACGAUGCUGGCUCCCCAUCGCCCCAAGCACACCUCUUUCUCUCGACGAAGCAUGUGCUGGCGUUUCUUGACAUUAUGCCCCUGACGAGAGGUCAUGUGCUGGUGAUUGCUAGGGGUCAUUAUGAGAAAUUGGGGAAUGUUGGGGUUGAGGUUGGGAAGGAGCUUGGUAAAUGGCUCCCGAUACUUUCUCGAGUGGUGACUAGGACGGUGCUGGGCACGGACUUAGAUUCGCGCGGCGAAGAUCCGGCGCAGUGGAAUGUUGUGCAGAAUAAUGGUCCGAGAGCAUCACAAACGGUGCCUCAUGUUCAUUUCCAUAUCAUCCCACGGCCACCUCUGGAUACGAAUACUCCCACAAAGGGAGGCUGGUUGAUGUUUGGGCGCGGCCAACGAGACGAGCUUGACGAUGACGAGGCGCAGGAAACGGUAGCUCAAUUGCGGGCUGAGUUGGUGAGAGAGGUUGCCAGGGUUAAGGAAGCUGAAGGUAUCGAUUUAGAUCUCGAUGGAGAAUUCGAGCAAUCUAAAGGGAAAAGGAGAGGGCUGGAGAAAUUGUGAUCGUAGGUGGUGUUUGGAUUCGAUGGGUGAGGAAGGCGUUGCUUUUCGUUGUCGAGGUGUGGUAUUUUGAGUAGUGGGUUCUAUGGUUGCUGAAGUCUUUUUGGGAAGGAUUGUUGGAUGUUUUCUCGUGCCCUUAUAUUUUUGCGCAACAUUCCCCCUUUCCGCUUGUAUUCGGACUGAUAAGACAUGCGCUUAUAGAAUUUACGUGGACUGAUUUUUCGCUACUCAGGGAUAAGCAAUAGACAAGAGAUGGUUCAUCGAAACCAUGAAAUAAGAGCUUAGAUCGCAUGCCCACAUCAUCUUCUUCAUUGUGGUGUUUUGUUAUCAGGGCUGUCCGUGGGAGACGGCUUGGAUUUGGUAAAGUACUAUUUGACAGACGUUAGUUAUCGCCGUUCAGACAUUCCGCAUACAGUAGUAAUGUAUUCGUACCUUUCUUCGAAAAGCAUUCAGAUCAUCAGCGUUCACACCAUUUAUCUCCUCUCUUUGGCGUCGUGGUUCAGACGAUGAAAAUUCCCCAUCAGGUAGGAGGCGGUACGUAAGUAAACGGCGGGACCCUGCACAAACAGUGUAUUAGGGGGGAGAUCCAACGGUGAUUAUCACAAAAAAGGUUGGGACAAAAGAAGAGUUAAUCCUGCGUUGAAUGGGAGAACUUACAGUGGCCAAAAGGUUGUACGCAGACACUCACAAGUUCUAGCCGGGGAUGGCUGGGGAUUUUAAGCUCGACAUCAUCUUCAUUGGCAGUGGGCAUCCAAAGAGAAAGUCUCCCGUCUUGGACAAGGGUGCGGGCAGCAAAAUCGAGGAUAUCGUCUAGCAUUGCGUCGAAGCUGUAGGGCUUCUUGGGCGCGAUGUACCCGUCCAGACUGGUUGUUAGGGAAGAAGCAUAUAUGUUAGCUUUUUG